AUGAUAACUGUAAAGUUUGAUCCUGGUCUCAGACACGGUCACACGAAGGCGGCUUCUGAGGUAUUUGAGCUGAAUGAAAUUAUCACAGAAGAACAGUCUGAUAAGUUUAAUGUAUAUAAAGAUCUGAUUGAAGGCAUCAUCACAAGUAAGAAGACUUAUAUAAGACUGGAAAUUGCGAGACUUCAGCAUGAGAUUGAGUGUAUGAAGAUCAGUAGAGAUGAGACUCUUAUAAGUGAUGAGAUAAGAAAUCAAGAUGUUCACAAAUCACUCACAGUCUCUCAUUCUUACAAACUAGAUGCUGCUGCUUAUAACUGUAUCUUCAUUCUCUUCAGUCUUAUCACUGCAUCUGAUCUUCAGGUCAGCAGUCAACUCUCUGUCUUUCUCAGAUCAGUUCCUGGCUUCAAGCAGUGCAGUUUCUCUCUUUGCUCUUCUGAUAUUAUCAGUGUCUUCUGUGACUCUGCAGAUCUAUAA